AUGGGACAUUGGGGUGAGCUUCUCGGCUUUGAUCGCCGAAGAGCAAAUCACCGCGUUCAAGUUGAGCGUCGUCGACUUCUUCCUGCGUAUGCUGCCGAAGAGCCUCAAUCCUCAGAGUCCUCAAAGGAGAUCGCAAAGGUUGCGCUGCGCUUGAAAUACCAGAUUGAGCAACUGCUCGUCUGUGAGGUCGAGGAGAGCGCCCUGACCGACCCCAACAGUCGCAUCAUCACAGACAAUGUGAUCAAGACCGCCAAAAAUGCCGGCGGUGAAGAUUAUAAGGCCUGUAUUGUCUACUGUCUACUCACGUGUCUGCGAUGGUUCCAGAUCCAGGCCUCUGUGGAGCUCUGGGACGCGGAUCUCCACGAAGGUCGAGCUGUAGCUUGUGAAGUCAUCGCAAAGCGCAUAAUUGAGGGCGAGCAAGAUCAGAGCUAUUUGCUCAAAAAUAUUCUUCUUAAGCGCUACUCUAUCUUCAUUGAAGGUGAAGAGACGGAUCCUGCCAAUGUGAUCGAGCGUUCGGUUGAUCUCCAUGCGCUGAGAGUCAUCAGCUCUGCUGGAUACCAGAAAUGUAUCGCGUACCUGUGGCAAGGCUGGAUUUGCCAGGAAGAAGGCAAUCCGACAAAUUUCAUCGAGUACGCUGAUAAGUCAAACUCUGACUACUGGACUCAUUUCCACCCAGACCGGAUGCGCACUCCUCAUUAUCAGAAUGUCUGCCAGAUCGUAUUUUCUCUGAUAUAUCUUGCGCUGUAUACAGCUGUGAUAAAUACUGUCAACCCUACCGGUGAUCUUGACUUUGUCGAGUGUAUCCUUUACACGAUGACCCUUGCGUUCAUCUGUGACGAAGUAGCCAAGUUUUGGAAGGUGGGCUGGAAUUACGUCGAGUUCUGGAAUGCCUUCAACUCUACUCUUUACGCCCUGCUGACGAUAUCAUUCGUCAUGCGCGUGGUUGCAUUGGCCCAUUCACCCGGAAAUCAUAAUGAAAAGCGGCAAUUCUUUAACGAGCUAAGCUACAACUUCUUAGCUUUUGCCGGUCCGAUGUUCUGGAUGCGCAUGAUGCUCUACUUAGACUCGUUCCGCUUUUUUGGUGCUAUGUUCGUCGUGCUGCGUGUGAUGAUGAAAGAAAGCUUGAUUUUCUUUGCUCUUCUAUUCGUGGUUCUGGCUGGGUUUUUCCAGGCUUUUAUCGGAAUGGCGCAGGUUGACGACGAUGUCGAUAUCGUCAGACCUAUCAUUCAGGGCAUGGCGAACACUGUAAUGCAGAGCCCCGAUUUCGAUACUUUCCAGGAUUUUGCAUACCCCUUCGGAAUCAUUCUUUACUACAUUUUCAACUUCGUCGUCAUGAUUGUCUUAUUAAACAUCCUCAUCGCGCUGUACAACAGUGCGUAUGAGGACAUCUCCGGCAACGCCACUGACGAGUACAUGGCCAUCUUCGCACAGAAGACCAUGCAAUUCGUCCGCGCUCCCGAUGAAAAUGUCUUCAUUCCACCCUUCAAUCUGAUUGAGAUUCUGGGCCUUGUUGUUCCAUUCGAAUGGUGGCUCUCGCGAAAGCACUAUGCCAAGCUCAACGAUAUCGUGAUGUGUAUCAUUUACUCGCCUCUUCUCGUCAUCACUGCUUGGAUUGAGGCCCGCGAGGCAGAGGCCAUCAAAUGGAAUCGUCGCCACGGAGAGGAGGACGAGAAUGACACCCAGGAAUGGGAACAUGUAGCUGAGGAGGUUGACUUUGACCUCGAUGAUAACUGGAAGGAAGAAGUGAAGCAGAACACGCCUAAUAUCAAGGCUGACCCCUGCACCGCAGAGAUUCGGGAGUUGAGGGAUCAAGUGGCUGUGUUAACGGAGUUGGUGAAGAAAUUGAGUGAGAAGACAAUGGUGGAUGGAUUAUCUUGA